ACGAACGGCUCGCGACGCUGCAGCCUGACUACAGACAGGGUGACAGAGCACUCGGUUGGUCACUACGUCAGAGGGCGACAUAAAAGCGGUUGACUGGAGUCAGAGCAAAGUGCAGACAGGAAGACGCUUCUGCACAACUCUCUUCCAUGAUCUCCAACGCAUGCAUGCCACAAUGCAGCGAUGUUAUGGCAGAGUACUGGGCCAGCUGUGGCUCUCGUCGACUGGCAUCUUGUAUUUUUGGGCUUUAUGUUUCGCACCUGUAAUGUUACACCCGCAGUGUUUGGACUUUAAGCCGCCCUACCGACCGCUGAGGGAGCUGGAGUUUUGCGUAAUGUACAAGGAGUUUGGGUGCUGUGAUUAUCCGAAAGACCAGGAGCUAAUGACAAAGUACUACCGGAUUAUGGAUAAUUUUGAUUAUUACGGAUAUGCCAACUGUGCUGGGUUCGUCCUGGAGCUGCUCUGCCAGGAAUGCUCUCCCUAUGCAGCUCACCUCUUUGAUGCUGAGGACCCGAGCACACCAGUCAGGACCAUUCCUGGCCUCUGUCCUGAUUACUGUUCCCAAUUUUGGAAGAAGUGCAGCCCUACCAUCCCCCUCUUGUCUGACGACCCACACAUAGCCAAAGUUAAAGAAGACCAGACACAUUUAUGCCAAUACCUGGAGCUAGACGACGUGGACUACUGCUACCCACACCUCCUCAGCAACCAGAAGCUCACCCAGAACCUGGGCCGGGUUCAGUCAGACUCGGACGGCUGUCUGCAGUUGUGCCUUGAAGAAGUUGCAAACGGGCUGAGGAAUCCGCUAGCCAUGGUGCACGCCAAUGACGGCACACAUCGGUUCUUUGUGGCAGAACAGGUGGGCUUGGUGUGGACGUACCUUCCUGACCGGUCCAAACUGGAGAGACCAUUUUUAAACAUUACCCAGGCGGUGUUAACAUCAUCAUGGGAAGGUGAUGAGAGAGGUUUUCUGGGACUCACCUUUCAUCCCAAGUUCAAGUACAACAAGAAGCUGUAUGUGUAUUACUCAGUGGAGGUGGGUUUUGAUGAGAGGAUCAGGAUCAGUGAGUUCCAUGUGUCAGCCAACGAUAUGAAUGUGGUGGAUCACGCCUCUGAGCGUGUUAUUCUGGAGAUUGAUGAACCAGCAUCAAACCACAAUGGAGGCCAACUUCUUUUUGCAGAUGAUGGCUACUUGUACAUUUUCACAGGGGAUGGCGGAAUGGCAGGAGACCCAUUCGGGAAAUAUGGAAAUGCCCAGAACAAGUCAGCUCUGUUGGGUAAAGUUCUUCGCAUUGAUGUGGAUGACAAUGAGAGAGGCCCAUUGUACAGAAUUCCACCAGAUAACCCCUUCAUACGUGACCGGGGGGCACGACCUGAGGUUUAUGCUUAUGGCGUCCGCAAUAUGUGGAGGUGUUCUGUGGACCGGGGUGACCCAAGGACUAAAGAGGGCAAAGGGCGCAUCUUCUGCGGAGAUGUAGGCCAGAACAAGUUUGAAGAGAUCGACAUCAUCGAGAAAGGUCGGAACUAUGGCUGGAGAGCCAAAGAGGGCUUCUCCUGCUACGAUAAGAAGCUGUGUGCCAACAGCUCACUAGAGGAUGUCCUGCCUAUUUAUGCGUACCCUCACAGGAUGGGCAAGUCAGUGACUGGUGGCUAUGUGUACCGAGGCUGUGAAUACCCCAACCUGAAUGGCAUAUACAUGUUUGGAGACUUUAUGAGUGGGCGUUUGAUGAGUCUGCGGGAGGAUACAAACACGGGCCAAUGGAAAUACAAUGAGAUCUGCAUGGGGACGGGCCUGACCUGCGCCUUCCCUGGACUCAUCAACAACUACCAUCAGUAUGUCAUCUCCUUUGCCGAGGAUGAAGCUGGCGAGCUGUAUUUCAUGUCGACUGGUAUACCGAGUGCUACGUCACCUUCAGGAGUUGUUUAUAAAGUUGUAGAUCCCUCAAGACGUGCUCCACCGAGACAAUGUCACUAUGACCCUCUUCCUGUCAGAGUGAAAAGUAACCUCAUUAAGUUUGAUCCCCAGGAAACAUUAAUCGGCGUUGAGUCACCAAGCAAAAACAAGCCUGAACCAAGAUCCACAGAAUCUUCCGACUGGCUCCAAGAGCUUAUUGACCGCCUAGGUGAAGCAGGACUUGACCCAACCACCCCUUUGCCAACCACAACUACCACCAAACCACCCAGACAUUCAAGGCGGAAAGGCAAACGCAGGAAGGGCAAAUCCAGAUCGCAGAGUGUGCCUGAACUCCAGAAUGGAGCAGUGAGGCUAGUUGGGGAUGAACAAGGCCGCAAUGACCAUGGACGGGUGGAGAUCUACAUUAAUGGGGAGUGGGGCACCGUAUGUGACGACCUAUGGACCACCAAGAAUGCUGCAGUGGUUUGCCGGCAACUAGGCUUUCGUUACGCUCUAAAGGCAGCCAAGAACUCAGAGUUCGGGGAGGGGACAGAUCUGCAGAUUCUUCUGGAUGAUGUUCAGUGUGAAGGGACCGAGUCCGGCCUGCUGGACUGCAAACACGCUGGUGUGGGGACGCAUAACUGUGCCCAUUAUGAAGAUGCCGGGGUGAUCUGUGGCAAUUCGGAUUACAUUGUAGAAAUCUAAAUGUUUGACUACUUUGAAGUCAAAGAUAAUUAUCAUUAACUAAAUCCACCAUAAAUUUAACACUGUUAAAAACAGGUCUUUUCUACAGUAUGUACUCUUAGUGGAGAACUUUCUCAUUCCCACGAAUGAGCACACUGAACCACAUCACUUAGAACGCAUAAUUUGUGCCACCAUAUUUUUUAUCUACGAUAGAGUUAAAUUGCAUAAUUAUGAUCUAAAUUGCUGUAUUUUGUUGUUAGUCCAUCACAAUAAAACGCAAAGGGAGAAAUCUUUUAGAAUUAUUUAUGCUUUGACUAUGGGGCAUGGCACUAAUGCUUCUCAUAGAAUCCACAGAUAAAUGCAAAAAAGUUCAGGAAAUCACAAUUUAAAGUAGGGAUGAUGCAGUUGAGGUAGUACCAACAAAGAUAGUCCUUUAUAUCAAAGCAUUCCAGAGGUUAUUUUUGAGAUAACCAACUGGAAUGUAUUAAUUAGAUAUAACACUGUAACCAGAUGGACUCCUACUUUCCUGGAAAUUAUUCUAGGUAAAGGUAAAUGUUUAUAUAGAAGAAUUUCUUUUUCAUUACAGACUUGAAUGUUUAGUUUGAAUGUAUGGUUGGCUCACAUUAAGUCUGCCUCCUCAGUGAUUUGUUACAGUAACAAUUUUGAUGUGUCUGAAUGUCACAUUUCCUAGGUCUUCAAUGUUUAAUACCCACUGAAUGAAUGUAUGAUUUUAUCACGUUUUUAUUGGAAAAUGGUUAAUAAAAAAAUCUAUUGAAAAAAUCUCUUCUGGCUUUCCUCCACUCAGACCAAACAGAUUAAAUCUGACAUAACUCGAAAUUUGACAGCUCUGUUUUAUCAAAUGUAGGCUAUUGAAAAGAGUACAAUGUAGCAUUUUAAAAAGCUUUAUCUCGUAGAUUUUAACAAAUGUGCAUUAUUAAGGAUCAAGCAAAAUAAAAGUGUUACAAUAUCAUGUU